CCAGCUUUCUACCAGGUGGCAACACUUCUUUUUCACUAAAAACGUUUUGCGAUUCCGUGGUGCAGCCGCUUUUAAUAGGUAAACAUGCCUGAGCUCACUGAAAUCAAAAAUGAGGCCCCUUCGACCUCCGCUGAGGCGAAGCAGUCUGAGGACGUUGAUGUGCGCGUCGAGGAUGAUGGUAGCGAGAGUGAUUCGGAUAUAAUACCCGAAUUGGAGGAGGCUGACACAGGCACCACACAGCUGGGUGGCGGUGCCACAGGUCUGCCCAUCGAUGUUGUCUCCAAGGCAAAGCAAUCGCGCGGUGAGAAGAAGGCACGCAAAAUCAUGCUCAAGCUUGGCCUAAAGCAAAUUCAGGGUGUCAAUCGAGUCACCAUACGCAAGUCUAAAAACAUUUUGUUCGUCAUCAACAAUCCGGAUGUUUACAAGAACCCACACAGCGAUACCUAUAUUGUUUUUGGUGAGGCUAAGAUCGAGGACUUGUCGCAGCAGGCUCAAGUGGCUGCCGCCGAGAAGUUCAAGGCACCAGAAGCGGCUGGCGCUGCUGAUAGCGUUGGUGCCACCACUUCAGUGGCUCCAAUUGCAGAAGAAGAUGAGGAAGAGGUUGACGACACGGGCGUCGACGAAAAGGAUAUUGAGUUAGUCAUAACGCAGGCGAAUACGACGCGUGCAAAGGCCAUAAAGGCAUUGAAAAACAACAACAACGACAUCGUUAAUGCCAUUAUGGAGCUUACUAUGCUCUAAGGGCCACGGAGGAACAUCGUUGCUUUCGUUGAUUACCCGCCUUUCGAUAAAAUACAAAUAAACAAACCCAAAUCCCAAAUGUUAUGUGCAUGCGUCUCUGCAUGUUAAACACCAGUCGAACAUUUAACAAAUUAACAGGAGAAGAAUAAAGUGACAUGCUUUAAAAAGUCAA